AGAGUAAAGUACUGAGCCUUCCCAUUCCUGCAUUGUGACGUCAAACACCUGCUUCUCCUGCAUACUGCACAGCUCAAGGUAAACCAAGAUCUGCAUUCGAUUGAAAACAGACCCAGAGGAAGAGGAGGACAAACUGGUCAUCAAUGGACCAGUGAAGGCUUUCCCACCCUGCCAAGUUAAAAGCGAUGUUUUUGAGAGCUGGAGGCCGUAGCACCGUCAGCAGAGUGUGUGUGGGGCCCCUCCUCUCCCUCUUUCCCAGCACCCCUCCUGACAUGGGAUGCCAGGCCCCUGCCUCCCUGCCCUGAACUCUCUUGGGGUGCCAUGAGCAGCUAUAGAGACAGAGGGGUCACUUGCACCUCCUCAGACCUCCUGGAUGACGGAGGAGGAGUACUGCCCCAGCACAUUACCUUUCAUCACACCUCCAAUGGCCACCCGCCUCCUGGCCCCAAAACACGCAUGCCCAUAAUGGGUGUCCGGGCGCAGAUUGCAAAAUGGCCCCCACGCCGUGCCCAGUCCAGGGAGUCGCUGCUUGAAAAUGGGCAAAUUUGCAACAACCGCCACGGAGAUGACUUCUCCACUUCAGUUUCCUCGUCGGUCUUGUCAUCGGACGUCGGGUUGGUGCGGGGAGGAGUUGCCAGGUUGCCACGAAGACGGUCCAAGGAUGUAGAGUUCAGAGGAGGAGGUUUUGUCGGCGAAAGAAGUUCCCCUUUUAGCCUGAGAGUGUUCCCUCCACUGAGACAGCGCUCGAACAGUGAGGUGACGCUGAGCGAACAGGACGAAAAUGAGGUGGAGGUUCGCGGAGGUGGUGGGAUGGGGAACAUGUUCAGAGAGUAUGGCAGCACCUCCUCCAUCGACGUCCAGGGCAUUCCUGAGCAGAGCUUUUUCGACAUGCUCAGCCAGUUCCACCAAGAGAGGCCUGACCAGCGCAGCGCAGCACCUGUACGCCUCGGGGAGCUGCUGAGCACUCCAGACUCACCACCAAGCGCACCUCUCCCCUCCGCUCCCUCACCUGGUCCCACAGGUGGGGACGACAGAGGGACAGGAAGGAAGGAGGGAACUGAGAGAGUGAGGAAGAAAAGUGGAGGAACGGAGUCGUCACUGGGCACCUCCUCUUUAUUCAGGAAACUUAGAAGCUCUAGUCGCGGUGAGCUGGACGGAGGUAAAGGGGAGAAUAGCGAGGACGGGGGAGGCCGGGGUUCAGGAGACGCCUCCUACAAAUCCUGGGUGUGCCCCAAGAGCUUUGUCCAUUUUGAUGCUCAGAGCAUCCUGUUUGACCUCCACGAGGCUGCGGCUCAGCGGGGCUACGCCGCCCUGAGGAGGAACACAGCCACUGGGGCAUCAGCUGCUUCAGUGUCCUUGUCUGUCUCCAGAUCCUCAGCUCCCAAUGUGAACGACCCAGUUUACUCCAGCAUAGAGGACCUGACCCUGAGCCAUGACCCCGGCUCCAUGACACCCUCCCUGAGCAUGGACCCCUUGGACGGGCCUCCUGGAGCCCACAACUCGAGCCAACUGCUCCUCUGCUGCCCCCACUUUCUCAAUGAGACUGGGGGCCACGGAGAGCGCAACAUUAGCUUCCUCAGCUCGUCAGCAGAGCGAGGAGGAGACGGAGGAGGAGACAGCGCGAAGGGUUGGCUGAGGAGGAGCAACGCCAGUGUUUCAGUGCUGGAGGUGCCUAUUGAACAACAAGUUACAAGACUGGACAGACUGAAACUGUACAGCAUAGAGCACGUCGACCUGGGGGCCAGGUACUUCAGAGACUACUUCCAUGGGAAAGAGCACUCAAACUACUUUGGGACAGAUGAGAAGUUGGGUGCUGUGGCCGUGAGCAUCCGUAGGGAGAAACUGGAAGACACCAAAGACCUGAAAGACCAGUACCAGUACCGCCUCAUCGUCAGAACUAGCGAGCUUGUGACCCUGCGAGGCUCCAUUUUAGAGGAUGCGGUGGCGUCUACGGGGAGGCACGGCACGGUGCGGGGUCUGCCGCUCAAGGAGGUCCUGGAGCAGGUCGUCCCCGAGCUCAACAUCUCCUGUUUGAGACUGGCAUUAAGCACACCCAAAGUCACCGAGCAGCUCCUCAAACUGGACGAACAGGGGUUAAGUCAGAAGCACAAGGUGGGUGUUCUGCUGUGCCGUGCAGGCCAGAGCACAGAGGAGGAGAUGUAUAACAACGAGGAGGCGUCACCCGCCUUCUCUGCCUUCCUGGAGCUGCUGGGGGAGCAGGUGCUUCUCAAAGGAUUCACCAAAUACGCUGCACAGCUCGACACAAAGACGGACUCUACGGGCACCCACUCCCUGUACACCACCUACCAGGGCUACGAGGUCAUGUUCCACGUGUCCACCAUGCUGCCGUACAUGCCCAACAACCCCCAGCAGCUCUUGAGAAAGAGGCACAUAGGGAACGACAUUGUCACCAUAAUCUUUCAGGAGCCAGGAGCGCUGCCCUUCACCCCUCAGAAUAUCCGCUCACACUUCCAGCAUGUCUUUGUCAUUGUCCGUGUGCACAACCCCUGCGCCGAAAGCACCUGUUAUAGUGUUGCUGUGACCAGAAUGAAGGAUGUGCCUCCCUUCGGCCCACCCAUCCCCAGCGGUGUCACCUUCCGCGACCCAGAAACCUUUCGUAACUUCCUUCUAGCCAAAGUUAUCAAUGCAGAAAAUGCAGCGCACAAAUCAGAGAAGUUCCACACCAUGGCGACGCGAACACGGCAAGAGUACCUGCGUGACCUGGCUGAGAACUACGUCAGCAGCACGCCACUCGACUCAGCCGGCAAGCUUAACAACCUCAUCUCCCUCGCGUCGAAAAAACGCGAGCGCACCAAGGCAAGAGAGGGAGCGGAGCUGGGAGCUGCUGGGGCUGUCGCCUGGAGGGUCCAGGCCCAGGACUUCAGCGAAGGAGGGACGGAGCUGCCCUGUGCCUUGGGUUUGUCGGCUGAAUACAUCCUCCUGACAGACUGUUCCACCAAAGAGGUGGUGUUUAACUGUUUCUGUGCGGACGUGAUCGGGUGGACGCCGGAGCGGCUGGCGCUGAAGAUAUUCUACGGCAGAGGAGACCACAUCGCUGUGCGGGUACCAGAGGGCUGCGCGCAAGACAUCAGGGAAAUGGUGCAAAGAUUAAAGUCGUUGACAGUGGGAUGUGAGACGGUGGAUAUGACUCUGAGAAGAAACGGACUGGGACAGCUGGGCUUCCAUGUUCGCCUGGAUGGCACUGUGGCUGAGGUGGAGGAAUACGGCUUUGCCUGGCAGGCAGGGCUGAGACAGGGCAGUCGGCUAGUAGAGAUCUGUAAGGUGGCCGCCGUGACGCUGACUCACGAGCAGAUGAUCGACCUGCUGAGGACGUCGGUGACGGUUAAAGUGGUCAUCAUACCGCCGUACGAAGAGGGGGGGCCUCGCAGGUGUGUGAAAGUCUGCGUGUUGUAUUUCUUUAAAGCUAAAUUAAUGAGUGAUUCAUUUUUAAAUAGUUUUGGUGAAUACAGAUGUUGAGGCAGUAGGUGACAAUAUAGGGGGAGGGCGUCAAGUGCUAGCAGGCAAGGACAAGAGUGAGUGCAGGGACGCUCCUCACUCAAACACAAAAAAGCAUGGGUGAGAUAGUGGCUAGACUCCAAUGUUCUGAGAGGAUUUUGUGUGGGAGUGUGUGAAAAGAGGAAGCGAGCGAACAGAGAGAAAGAACGAUGUGUGGUUCAAGAGGAAAUGGGCGAAAUGAGGU